AAAUUAAAUGUGAACGCCAGCACAAGUCAUUCUUAUCCAACAAGUGAACAAGAAACAACCUUGUGCCAAAAAUUUGACAUAGAACCGAUAGUAUUAUCAAUCACAAACAUUAUCAUUCAUUACAAAUAACGAUUCUUAAUGAUUGUUUAUGGUGAAGACGUAUAAGCAUUGAUUCUAUCUAAAGUAUGGCUCGGAAAGCUGGGGAUUAAAAUGAACCACAAAGAUAUGAAAUUUCAUGGUCUCCAUUUUCUUUCUUACGUUAUACUCCGAUUUCAAAACCAACUGCACAAUUUUAAUCAGCAACAAAAGCAAGACAAGAGAUGACUGAAAUCAAAAUGAAUGAAAAGCGGACCAGAGAUCACAGUAAAGUUAAACAAGCCCACUCAAUGCUUAAUGUGAGUGAGAUUGAAACUCACAAAAGGCCCACCGAAAAAGAUAUCAAUGAACUAUACAAUGCUUUGCAAAGUCUUGUGCCAGGUGCAAAUCAUCCUCAUAGACCAAUAAAGAAACUAGAAGACUCUAAUAAAACAUCAGUCGCUAAUGACACGACUAAAAGUGAAUUUGAUGAUUCAGUGGAAUUCGAACUACGUCGAUGUCGUAGCGAAGAAAACGUCACCAGAGAACAUCGCUAUGAGAAUAACAUGAACUUUGUUUCUUCACUAAGAUGGAAAAAAUCAGUUCGGGAGAAAAUGGUAAAGCAGCAGUUUGUGCCAACGGAAAAACAGGUUUUAAGCACGGACAAACCGGAAAACGUUACUGAAAUGAUCACGCCUCCAAUUUCAGAUCAGCUUACCACGUUAAAUCUUGUCUCCUCUCCUGAGAAGGAAGAAAAACAUGAAACAGGAAAUAAGUUAAGUUUUAAGCAAGCAUCAGAUACGGAACUUGAUCAUUCAAAACAGAAAAAUACCAGAAUUUUUCGAAGGCAUUCUUCGUUGCCAACGUACGAGGAAGACAUAGAACACGUGACUGAUGUGGAAAGAAAACAAAAACAUUCAAAAUGUUCCAUGUUUGACGGAAAACAAAGUUUAAGUACGAAAAACAAGAAAAAAAAUUGGCGUUCGUUUCUUCCAAUCCUCAGCUUGGGAAGAAGAAAGUCCAAAUAUCAAGAAACUUCAAAUAAUACCAUGACAAGGUCUUCACAACAUGAUGUGACUGUGCCCGUACAAUCAAUGGAAGACAUGCACACAUCUAAACCUGUAUCAACAAAUUGCGUUGAUGGCAGAGUAAAAAUGAAAGCAGUCGACUCUCGAUUAAAACAAUCAAAACAAAAGCAAAGCAAAUCUCCCAAAUCAAGUCCCGCCUCAAAAAAACCGAUCAUUCUUGAAACAAACACACCUAGUUUGAAACAAAGCAAAACCCUCGAAAGUAGAACGAAUUUGGUGCAAAAGAAAUUGGACACGUGGUAUCAUAAUGCGUUGAAGGAAAUGAGAGAUCCCAACAUCAAUACAACAUCUUUAAGAACACGGUCUUUGGAAAAUCUGUUGACCGACACAGAAGUGAUCCACAAUCGUAACACUUUAAGUACAGACACGGAAAGUUUCAGUGGUGGAUUUAGUACAUUGGAAAUACCUAAAACCAAAGUACGCAAGACUCGAUCAAAACGAAACAGAAGACGUGAAAGAAGACGGUAUUAUUCAUGUCCUAAUGUAAAACUUGUGACAAAAGCCUUAAACGACAACAAUGCAUCAAAGGAUGCAUCAAAAGAUGGCAAGAAGAGUUCGAGAAAAGCUUCCACAGAUAGCGAACAACCGAUUGAAGAUGAAGUAAUCCAACCUGUUGCCACAACAACAGUGCAACCUCUUGAAGCGAAGCUCUCAUUCGGUAGUACAGUUGAAAAAAGGGAACCAAUCACAGACUUUAUGAAGAUACAAAAUAUUGGCAGUGAUGAAGUGUUGUCAGGAGAAAGUUCUCAAACUACAAUAGGUUAUAUGAAACCACUAAAACUGAACUUAUUCUACUCUGAGUCACCAUCCCGAGAGAGUAUACACAAGUCAUCCAGUCAAGUUCGGGAAGAGGAGAAAAAAUUGGAUAUUGCAAGUCAACAAGCGUUUGCAUUUAAGCUACGUAGAACAACAAGUCGUCGAAGAAAACGUCGUAGCACAAAACGAAUACCAACACGAUUGUCUAAUCAAUCAACAUUUUAUUUUCCCCCAAUGAAGAUCCAAACAAGUUGGACACGACCAACUAACCAUUCUCAAAGCUCUUCAGAAACGUCUCCGAAUCUUAGCAACCAGAAAUCUUAUGUCAAUAAAAAACACUAUUCUGAAUCUGAAGAUUCCGGUUGGUCAUCAGCAACAAGAAAACUUAGCUCCACAUCUGAAACAGGCGUUCAAACAGAACCUGUGGAAGACACUAUCAGUGAUGUACUACGUAAGCCGUCGUCAGUAUCGUAUGUCGAGAAGUGAACAGCGUGUAAAACAAUUGCUAGUUUGGUAAACAAGCGUUAAAUUAUGAAAAUCAAAAUGAUUUUGUAUCCCAAGUAGAGGAGAGUUUCAGCCAGCAACGAUGUAUUUGCCAGUGGAUAUGUGGAAAAUUGUGAACACCUCAUGGGAAAUCAUUGAACUUUGGUAUGCAACGGUUAAAAACUCCCUGUAUUUUUAUAGCAUGUAGCAUACAAGCAAAGCUAUGUAGAUAGAGAUGCUUUUGUUUGAAAGCGCGAUGAAUGCAAUUAUGCAAAUUACCAUUGUGCUGCGUUUUACAAAAUUGCUAACUGGUUUAGUCGUGUGAUUCAAAGGUAUUGUUGAUUUGGAAAACAAUUGCACUUAAUGAAAUCAAAAUGAUUCUUAUUUCAAAGUCAGUUUUUCCAUAGUUAACGUUUCAUUUUAUAUAAACUGUAUAGUGCAACAAUAUUUAUUUAUAUUGACUAAUGAACUAUAAUCUCACCAUAUAAAGUUAGUUUUAACCAUAGAACAACAGCUGUAUAAUAAUAAAUCAUAUUUAUCGUUUAUAUAUAUAUAUAUUUUCUUAUCAUGAUGAAAAAAACACGACGUUAUAGUUUUACAUUAACCUAACUAUGACAUAAUAUGUCGCUAUUACUAGUUAGUAACGCAUUGUAUACCAUUAAAUUGGUUAAAAUAUUUAUCCAUUCAUGUUGUUGAUUAAAAAUUUGAAGGAAAAAAAA